AUGGUACCGCAACAGAUAGUGGUUGGUUAUUCCUGGAAGGAUUAUAUAGCAGCUUUACUUGAGAAAGGACAUGCCUCAAAGGCUGCUAUUCAUAGUUGUGGUGAAGGGAAAUUAUGGGCUGGAUGUUUAGCUUUUGAUAUUAGCCGUGAAGAGGUGCUGGAGAUCGUGGACGGGUUCUCUGAUUCCAGUAUAUUACGACAAUACGGUAUUAAUAUCAACGGUAAGCGAUAUACGUUGACUAGAAUCUCUGAAGGAAAAAUAAUGGUAGGUCGAGACGUCUUCAAUGGUUCAGGAUGUGUUAUAUAUAAAUGUAACACAUGUGUUAUUAUUUGUGUUCACGAUGAAAAUAUGUCACUCGGUGGGUGUUAUUCGGUUGUAGAGAGAAUUGGAGACUUUUUGUGUAAUAAGUCAUUUUGA